GAAUGCAGGUCCCGGGAGACCGGAUAUGGUGAAUGCAGGGUCCGGGGAGACCGGAUAUGGUGAAUGCAGGGUCCGGGGAGACCGGAUAUGGUGAAUGCAGGGUCCGGGGAACCAGAUAUAGUGAAUGCAGGGUCCGGGGAGAGCGGAUAUAGUGAAUGCAGGGUCAGUGGGAGACCGGAUAUAGUGAAUGCAGGGUCCGGGGAGACCAGAUAUAGUGAAUGCGGGGUCCGGGGAGACCGGAUAUAUGAAUGCGGGGUCCGGGGAGACCGGAUAUAGUGAAUGCAGGGUCCUGGGAGACCGGAUAUAGUGAAUGCAUGUUCCUGGGAGACCGAAUAUAGUGAAUGCAGGGUCCGGGGAGACCGGAUUAUAGUGAAUGCAUGGUCCGGGGAGACCGAAUAUAUAGUGAAUGCAGGUCCAGGGAGACCGGAUAUAGCGAAUGCAGGGUCCAGGGAGACCAGAAUAUAGUGAAUGCAGGGUCCGGGGAGACCAGAUAUAGUGAAUGCA